CCAACUGAAACCGGAACCAGACAGAACCGGACCAGCUUGACGUCUGAUUGGUCUGUUCAAACAUGCCAGGAUGGAUUUUAGUGGCCGGUUCCACGGCUGGAGGCGGGGCAUCAAUCGGGUCACAUGACUAUUUCUGUUGUUCAGGUGCAUCCGCUGCUGCUGGCAGAGAGGGCGGAGACCUGCACCAUCUGGUUGCUAAGAUACACUCUGCACGUGGCCUCAGUGGCUCCUGGCCCCGCCCACAAAGAUGCUGUGGACAGGAGAGCGCGCAGACCGAGCACGUCCAGUGGCUCCACAAUGGACAUGCCCACCACCAGAGUCACGGGGUUUCUGUCACGCAGACUGAAGCAGUCUCUGCGCCGCACUCGAUCCCAACCCAAACUGUCACGUCACUGCAGCACCGGGACCGACCCGAUGAGUACCACUGACACCAGGUGUGUGAUGCAGAGGCUGCGUUGUGGUAGCCAGGAGUCGUUGCUAAGCACCGGCUGCGUGUCAUCGCUGGAGCUCAGAAUGGACCAAUCGGUGAUCAUCAAACCCGUCCACUCGUCCCUGCUGGGACAAGACUAUUGCUUUGAGGUAACGACCUCUACCGGCACCAAGUGCUUCUCGUGCCGCUCAGCGGCAGAGCGAGACAAGUGGAUGGAGAACCUGCGGCGGGCCGUCCACCCCAACAAGGACAACAGCCGGCGGGUGGAGAACGUCCUGACGGUGUGGGUGAUCGAGGCCAAAGACCUGCCCGCCAAGAAACGGUACUUCUGCGAACUCUGUCUGGACGACAACCUGUACGCUCGGACCUCCUGCAAGCUGAAGACGGACAACAUCUUCUGGGGGGAGCGCUUCGACUUCAGCAGCCUGCCGUCCGUCUCGUCCAUCACGCUGCACCUCUACAAAGACACGGACCGCAAGAGGAAGAAGGACAAGAGCAGCUAUGUGGGCCUGGUCAACAUCCCUGCCGCCAUGGUGACCGGCCGGCAGCUGGUGGAGAAGUGGUACUCUGUGAGCACGCCCAGUACGCUCCGAGCCAAGUCGUCGGUUCCGACGGUCCGGGUCAAGGCCCGGUAUCAGAGCAUCGUCAUCCUGCCGAUGGAGCAGUACAAGGAGUUUGCGGAGUACAUUAGCGCCAACUACCUGCUGCUCUGCUCCACCCUGGAGGCCUCCAUCAGCCUGAGGGCCAAGGAGGAGCUGGCUGCUGCUCUGGUCCACAUCCUGCACAGCACGGGCAAGGCCAAGGACUUCCUGACAGACCUGAUGAUGUCGGAGGUCGACCGUUGCCGUGACAACGAUCAGCUGAUCUUCAGAGAGAACACGCUGGCCACUAAAAGCAUCGAGGAAUACCUGAAGCUGAUUGGCCAGAAGUACCUGCAGGACGCCCUAGGUGAGUUCAUCAAAGCUCUCUAUGAGUCUGACGAGAACUGCGAGGUGGACCCGUCGCGCUGCGCGACCUCUGACCUCGCCGAGCAUCAGGCCAACCUGAGGAUGUGCUGCGAGCUCGCCUUCUGCAAGAUCCUGGACUCCUACAGGGUCUUCCCACGGGAGCUGAAGGAGGUGUUUGCCUCAUGGCGUCAGGAGUGCAGUAACCGGGGGCGACCGGAUAUCAGCGAGCGCCUCAUCAGCGCCUCGCUGUUCCUCCGCUUCCUGUGCCCCGCCGUGAUGUCGCCCUCGCUGUUUGACCUCACGCAGGAGUACCCCGACGAGCGCACCGCCAGAACCCUGACCCUGAUCGCCAAGGUCAUCCAGAACCUGGCCAACUUCAGCAAGUUCGGCACCAAGGAGGAGUACAUGCUGUUCAUGAACGACUUUGUGGAGCGCCAGUGGAGCAGCAUGCAGCGCUUCCUGCAGGAGAUCUCCAACCCCGACGGGCUGAACCACACUGCCGGCUUUGACGGCUACAUCGACCUCGGCCGAGAGCUGAGCAGCUUACACACUCUGCUGACCGAGCUCGACCAGGUAACACCUGCCUGCCAGUCGAGUCUGUCCAAGCUCGGCCCGCUCCCUCGGAUCCUCAGAGACGUGUCGGCGGCUCUGGUCCACCCUGGAGGCGUGGUUGGACCUGGGGGCGUGUCUGUGUCAUCUCCAGACCCUCAGCGGGUGGUGUCCCCGCCUCCUAUGUCCCCACCGCCCCUGUCCCCUCCACUGUCUCCUCCUCUGGCAGCCUGCAAUCCUUCUGUUGGCCUGCAGGGCGGCGUGGGAUUAGAGGGAGGCUGCGUGGACUUCACCAGACUUCCGUCUCCAACUCCUGAGAACAAAGAUUUGUUUUUCGUCACCAAAGGAUCUAGCCUACAGCCUGCAUCAGGUAUGCGAGGCUCUCCGGCUCCGAGCUCGUCCUAUUCAGAGCCCAACGAGAACGAGGCGUGCUACGACCUGGCCAAUGGCGGCCGAAGGGAGGGGCCGGAGCUGACCAAUGAGAGCCGCAGCCUGUCUCUGGUGGACCUGCAGGACUCCUCCCCCAGCGACGCCCCGGACGACACCCAGUGGCAACGGCGGACGGGGCUCCUCCCCCUUUCUUUCCAGAACCCCGUCUAUCACAUGACAACCCCGUCGCCCCGGCAACCGCAGCAGACAGACGCGACACCCUCUGAUGGCUCGGCGGGCUCCCAGGGAAACUGCGAGGAGCGUGGCGCCAUGGCGACCAAGCCGGCCUUCCUCACCCAGAUGUCGGUGGGCGUGGGAGGGGAGAGGGGGGAGAGGAUGUCGGCCAUGUCGAGCAGCAGCAGCGGCGAGGAAUACUCCCGCCGCGCGCUGUCUCUCACCGACACACUCUCAGGUAGCUCGGCCCCCCCUCGGCAGAACUCAGGCCCUCAGAGACGCAUCGAUCAGCCUCCGCCGCCGUCCUCGGCACCGCCAGGACCGCCGCGAGGCCGCACGCCUCCCAGCAUGCUCAGCGGGGGAGGCUCCGCCUACCCUCCACGCCCCGCCUCCGGCAGUAUGAUGUCAUCAAGCCCCGAUUGGCCCAACAGCGGCCAGUCACGUCUCAGACAGAUGUCGUCAUCGUCCAAAGGAGACAGCCCGGAGAAGCAGCGGCCCGCUGCCAAGGCUCCGUCUCCCUGCGCGUUGGACCGGACCGCCGCCUGGCUGCUCAACAUGAACUCUGCGUCGUCCUACGGCGAGGUGGAGGACGAUCGUCAUGACGACGCUACGGUGGAGAAGUACCAGCAGGAGAUCGCACUGCUGCAGGAGAAGCUGCGGGUGGCGGCGCUGCGCCAGGAGGAGUGCGAGGCCCGUCUGGUGGUCCAGGACCAGCAGAACCAGCGGAUGCUGCAGGAGUACCAGGCCCGGCUGGAGGACACAGAGAGCCGACUGAGGAGGCUGCAGGACGACAAGGACCUCCAGAUGAACAGCAUCAUCAGCAGGUUGAUGGCAGUAGAAGAGGAGCUGAAGAAGGAUCACUCUGACAUGCAGGCUGUGGUGGACCAGAAGCAGAAGGUCAUCGAGGCUCAGGAGAAGCGGAUCGCCAGCCUAGACGCUGCCAACACCCGCCUGAUGGCGGCGCUGACCCAGCUAAAGGAACGCUACGGCGUGACCUCACAGAGGAACGGCCUGUCUCCUAGCAACACGUCGUCUCUGCAGAUCACGGAGAACGGCGAGUUCCGUAACUCUGGCAACUGCUGAGAAACUGAGCUGUGAUUGGCUGACACUGCAGGGAAGGGGGGGCUUAAAAAUAGACUCAUUGAAAUUAACCAAUGGGAUGGAACAGAGACGCCCAUCAAAUGUCAGCUUCUGCACCAUGGAAAUGACCUCUGACCUGAUCCUACCCUUGUUGCUAGGUUACCCUCACUUCUUUUCGUUUUGCAUGUUCCUCUUUGAUGAAGUCUGACUUCAUUUCCUGUUUACGUUUAGAUCUUCCCAACAGAACCAGAACCUCAAAUAUACCCAGCUUUACUGGUCAAACUGGACCCCCUGGUUCUGGUUGGCCUAAACCUGCCGGUCCUCCUGAUUCUGCAGACGUACUUAAAGGCACAGCUGACCUUUAACCUGGAGUCAGAGCCGCUUCGUUAGCUUAGCCUAGCUUAGCACAAAGAGCAGCAGUGGGUGGAAAGUGUUAGCCUAGCCUAGCUCCAAACCCUGCAGUGAUUGUUUUGGCCUCUUUGGGCUUCCAUAGCUUUGAGUAUUUAAUUCCCGUCGACCCGGUCCAGAUUUAGACGCUAGUUUGUGUUGUUUCAGAGAAUUUUAAUGUAAACCACAGAUUUUAUUGUAAACAGUAAAAACUUUAACUUGUGAUGAUGAUGAUGAUUUGUGCACCCCCCCCCCCCCCCACUGUGGCUUCUGUCUGUUCUGUAUCUAUGAGCCUCUGUUUGUUAUUUAUCUACAGUGUUUAUAAGGAGCUACAAUAAAACCAGAAACCAG